UUUUUUUGUUUGUUUGUUUUGUUUUUGUUUUGUUUUGUUUUUUUGACAGGAGAAAACGUAAACAAGUUUGAAAGGUAAUUUAACUGCGGCGUCUAGUCAUGAAGUUAGCCUGGCUGCUUCUCGCGGCUCUGUGCCUCUUCUCCUGCGGGGUCGGGAGGGUCUGUCAGGCGGAAGAAGGGCUCGAUUUUCCCGAGUACGAUGGCAAGGACCGCGUGCACGACCUCAACACCAAGAACUUCAAGGCUAUCAUGAAGAAAUAUGACGUCAUGGUCAUUCUGUACCACGAACCCGUGGAGAGCGACCGCGCCUCCCAGAAACAGUUUCAGAUGGAAGAACUCAUUUUAGAGCUGUUAACUAACAGAGCUGCCUUGACCUAUCAGUUAGCGGCCCAGGUUCUCGAUGACUUGGAGGACGAAGACAUCGGGUUCGGUCUGGUGGACUCAGAGAAAGAUGCAGCGGUUGCCAAGAAACUGGGUAUGGACGAAGAGGACUCCAUUUACAUCUUCACAGACGAUGAGGUCAUCGAGUACGACGGGGAGCUGGCAGCUGACACUCUGGUCGAGUUCAUUCUGGACGUGAUUGACGACCCCGUGGAGUUAAUCGAAGGGGAGCGCGAGCUGCGGGCGUUCGAGAACAUCGAGGACGAGAUCAAACUGGUGGGAUACUUCAAGAAUGAGAAUUCAGAGCACUACAAAGAGUACGAAGAUGCCGCUGAAGAGUUCCACCCGUACAUCAACUUCUUUGCCACUUUUGAAGCGAAGAUCGCUAAGAAACUGGAUCUGAAAAUGAACGAGGUUGAUUUUUACGAACCCUUCAUGGAUGAACCCAGACUGAUCCCGGGAAAGCCGUACACAGAGGACGAGAUUGUGGACUACAUUGAGGAUCACCAGAGGCCAACAUUGAGGAAGCUGGAGCCAUACAACAUGUACGAGACCUGGGAAGAUGAUAUCGAUGGGUUCCACAUCGUCGCCUUUGCAGAAGAAGAGGACCCAGAUGGUUUUGAGUUCCUGGAGAUCCUGAAGGAAGUUGCUGAGGACAACACCGAUAACCCAGACCUGAGCAUCAUUUGGAUCGACCCCGAUGACUUCCCCCUGCUCAUUCCCUACUGGGAGAAGACCUUCGACAUCGACCUGUCUGCACCCCAGAUUGGGGUUGUCAACGUCACUGAUGCGGACAGCGUGUGGUUGGAGAUGAAGGAUGAAGAUGACCUGCCCUCCGCUGAAGAGCUGGAGGAUUGGAUCGAGGAUGUUCUCGAUGGAGACAUCAACACCGAGGAUGAUGAUGAUGAUGACGACGAUGACGACAGCAACGAGGAUGAUGACAGCGACGAGGAUGAUGACAGCGACGAAGACGACAGCGACGAAGACGAUGACAGCGAUGAAGAUGACGAUGACGAUGACGAUGACGAUGACGAUGAUGAUGAUGACGAUGAUGAUGAUGAUGAUGAUGAUGAUGAUGAUGACGACGAUGACGAUGACGAUUAAACUCUCGUCUUUCAGAAAAUCCGCCUGCUGCCCCCCAGAAAAACAGGCUGAUUGUUUUGUCACAGUUUCUCUACAUCACUGAUCCCACCUUUCCUAUCGCCCGCCCACCGUCUGUUAUACCAACACCCUUCAAAAGUCACCUUUGCGUCACUCUCCUACUCAAGCACUCGUCUUGUUGUAUGUCCUCCCAUCGACACACUCAACUCAAACCCGUCCGUCUUCUCGAACAACCACUGCAUCGCAUUCUGAAACCUUCUCAAUAGCCCAGCUUUCUGAUUUUCGGGAGAACUCGUCAUUUUCAACUGUCUAGUUUCUACCCCCCAACCCCCCCACAAAAAAAUAAAGGUUUUGUCCUAUCCUAAAUAAAGAUGGACAGCCAGGUGCCCAUUGCCCAAAAUAAUUUUGGCUACUGUGUAGAUCUUAGAAAAGCCACGACUGUAUUCUGUAAGGAAACACCAGUCUUUACCCAUUGACAACUUAAGACUUAAUUCUGCUGUACAACCAAUUAUUCGUCACCGUCCCUAUAGAAGGUUACCCUGCGACUACACUUAGCUUCUCAUUUCAUAAAGGCUAAUCUGCAAACCCGAUCCCCAAGCGCACACACCUCCUGAUCAUUUCCCUUUCAUUGGAGCUGGCUUUGGGCAACCGUCUUGGAAACCCAAUGGGCUUCAAAAUUGUGUCCCACUCCCUCUAUACCAAUGGUUCUCAACCCUGGUCUUGGGGAGCCCCCUACCCUGCUGGUUAUUCUUCCAACAGAGCUCUCAACUGCUUCACUGAAUCCUUAACUGAACUAAUAAUUUGUCUAAUCAGUCUUAAUUAUUUUAAACAGUUUGGGGUUUCAAGUCAAAUGUAAGGAACUUGAAUUCUCCAACUUCAAGUCAAAUUAAGCAAAUUAUCAGUUCAAUUAAUGGCUCAGUUGAGUAAGUGAGCACUUAGUUGGAACAAAGCCCAGCAGGGUAGGGGGUCCUCCAGGACCAGGGUUGAGAAUCAUUGCUCUAGACCUUAAAGAACGGAACAUGUCAGAAAGAAAAAAAACAACCAACCUUACUCCUCGGUGCCCCUGCGUCUUCUGGUUGUCAUUCCAAAAUUACUUAACUAAACCAUUCAUUGAACUGUAACAAUUUCCUUAAAGGGCUUUUUAGUUCUUAAAAAAAGAUUUCAAGUUACUCACACAAAGCUACAGUUAGCCUGAAACUGUUUAAGAGCUGGAAACAAUUAAAAACGGCAAAUUAUUAUAAAUUCAAUUAAGGGUUUAGUCGGGGAACUGAAAACUCAGUUGGAAUGAAAAGGCAGAAGACACUGGGGUCCCUGAGGACCUGACUCGAGAACCACUGUCUUAAGGGUUUUCUGACUCUGUGCAUAUUUCUGUUGCAUCUGAAAUAUGCACAGAUCGGACCUAAUAUGCCCAGGAGCCUUGCUUCGUUUUUUACAGCAAAGUAUCAGCUCACUUUGGGGCUGGAUGCGUACAUCAGAGGCUGAUUUGAAGUUGGGUCUGGCCUACGUUUAUUUCCUUGAUAUCUGCAAUCAAGUUUUUGUUACCUUACAUGGUAUUGAACGGGGAGUUUAUCCCCCUUGCCUGUGAAAUAAAUUGCUGUACAAUGAAAUGUUUUCUACUGGGAAAAAAAAGACAUUUAUUUGAUUGAUUUGUUAAAAGAAAAAAGUGAUAUAACUGUAAAGUCUUAAAUAUGAAGAAAAAAAUGAACUAAAUAAAAGCGUAUUUCCAAGAUCUCGUCUUGGGGAAAAAAAAAGAGAAAGACAUCGAACCCCCA